UUCCUAGUUUUCCUUCAAUUGUUUUGGUGCCAUUGAAUUCGUCUAUGCUCUAUUCCAUUGUUGUCCAUCAUUUGUUGAAGUUCCAUUGUGGAAGCCAUACUCAGAAGCUGAGCUCCUGUUCCACGGACGGCUACCCUAUCGUUAUCUGCAUCUCUGCUGUUCCGUGGUUCAGUUCCUUCACGGAAGCAGAGCUUAUGUAAUCCUUGCUAUUCCAUGGACUGGUCAAUUCAUAAUAUGUCCACCUUAUUGCACUUUAUCUUUUCUCCUGUAUUUAUCAAAUGCAAUCAUGACAAUCUAUGCAAGCUCCAAGACAGCAUUGCAUGAUGAAUUGUUAUGUAUUAAAUUGCAAAUUUGCAAUAUGUGUGGCGUUGGAAGUAUGGGAUUCUCUAAUAAAACUGUGACUAUAAAUUGGUAAUGGUAUUUACAUUUUGUGUGGCUGGAGAGCGAAUAAAAAGCAAUGGGAAGUUUUGUCCAUUAUUAGUGAAUCAACUAGUGUCUGGUUGAGACAUUUUACCGAACAAGUGGCACACUUUAGACAAUAAUGUAUUGAUGUCAAGGCAUAACCACUUAAAGAUCCAAUCAAUAAGUUGGAUUUCUAUAUUGACUAGAAACUCUUGUUUUGGAUGCAAAAUUGUAGUGGUAUCCACAUUUUGUGUGGUUGAAGAACGAAUAAAGAGCAAUGGAAAGUUGUGUCCACUAUUAAUGAAUAGACUAGUAGUCUGGUUGGGACAUUUUAUUGAACAAGUAGACAAGGAUGUAUUGAUAUCAAGGCAUGACCACUUAAUGAUCCAAUCAAUAAGUUGGAUUUCUAUUUUGCCUAGAGGCUCUUGUUUUGGAUGCAAAAUUGUUGCUGUCAACUUAUUUGGAGUGACUACAAGAACUAAUGGAUGAAUUGUUGAAGAACCACUUGUUUGCAACCCAUAUGAUUGCGGCUGCUGGGUCAGUAACACUAAGCACAGCUCUUACUUAUCCCUUUGAUAAUAUCAAAGUCCUUAUCCAGGUCGGUUCAAGUUCCAAUAAACCAUUAACCUUGUAUCAGGUUUUGAAUAGAGUUCAGUCAUUAUCUGGGAUUUCAGGCUUGUAUAGUGGCUUUGGGUGGUUGACCUCAGCAAGAAUACUUGGUAUGGGAGCUCGCUUUGGAAUCUAUGAAGUUUUGACAGCUUUCUAUAAAGAUGGUCGAGAAGACAAUUAUGUAUAUGUUUCUGAGGCCCUCAUGGCAGGAGUGGCAGCAGGUUCAAUGGAGUCGCUCAUAAGCUCUCCAUUUGAACUGAUUAAACUUCGUGCGCAGGUUGCAUCUGUAUCUCGGUUUCCAAGGUUGAUUUCAACUGCAGAAAGUAAAGCUGUAUCACCUCUGAUUGAUAAAUUAUUAUGUGGAUAUUCUCCAGACAAGGUGGCAUUGAACAAUUCUGUUGCACUUUUGUCCACCCUAUCUGCUAAACACCCAAAUCUGGUUGGCGCCUUGCGAGAGUACCCAUGGAUGAUGACUGGAUCUGGGAAGGCACCAUCAGUCUGUGAUGUUCAGAAGCCAUCAAAUAUCAUUUCUUUGGAAGGAUGGGGUGCAUUAUGGAGAGGACUCCGUCCAGGUGUUGUUCGAGAUUCUGUUUAUGGUGGGAUCUUCUUUUCUACCUGGCAAUUUCUGCACCGAGCAAUGCUUGACUGGAAGGCAGUUGGAAUGGAUCCUAUACCCAGGUCUGAUGAAGAAAUUGGGCCACUUUCUCCUCUAUCUAUCGGUCUUGCAGCUGGAUUUUCUGGUUCUGUUGCUGCUGCUGCAUCUCAUUGUUUUGACACUGCUAAAAGUCGAUCACAGUGUACUGUGUUGCCCAAGUAUAUAUCCAUGGAGAGGAGAUUGUUAAAAUGGAGACGACCUGGAAAUUGGUUUGAGAGAGUUACAGGGAUUCACCCGGCAGACAGGAACCUCUUGUUCCGUGGGAUCUGGUUGCGAAUGACUCGUAGUGGUUUAGCAUCAUGUCUGAUUGUUGGAGGUUAUUAUUUGGCUGUUGAUCAUCUUGUUUCUGAGUGAAGGAAAGGGAAAGAAAGAAAGGGAAAAAAAAAACUAAGGGAUGUUUGGGAUUCCUUAUUAUUUGCUUAAAAAGGAUCCUGUCCACUGCAUAGUUUAGUGCAAUUGUAAACCUUGGAAAUGUGGCAAGUGAUGUGCUGGGUGCUGGCUGGCCACUAAACCUAUCAGAACUAAAGAUGAGUAGAGGCCUUGUAACUGUAGGUCUGGUUUUUCUAUUUCAACUUGCAAGUGUAAGCAUAUGUUUUUAUUUUUAUAAUUUUUUUAUAGAUUACUGGAGGAAAGGUUCAGAUA